GGUCAUUGGUGCUGAUAGCUUUGGAUUGCAGGUCCUUCAGCUCAAUGUCUCGGUGGUCUUCUGGGCGCUCGUUGAUCCGACUUUGGGGUUACAAGGACCGGGAGUUUGUGGCCGCAGGUAACAAACUCUCCUCCAGGGUCGCCCUCCUCCUACACUUGUGCCAAUGGCGCAACCUGCGGUGGCUACUGGAACAACCGGAUGGGUCAAUGCUUCCCCAUCUACCCCGUUUUCAGCAGCUUUGGCAAAAGUUCCAUGUCUACCAAGGUUCCUUCUGGAUGGGGAAGUUCAAGGGCCCCACACCGAAACGCCAUCGAAUUUGGUCCUGCUGCUUCGACUUGGUUGAUGGAAUCCAAAAGAGAGCAGGCCACAUGUUAAAGUCGGAAAUGUCUGAGUUCAAGAAGACCCUCGUCCGAAGAUACGAGGAUAAGCUGGGACAAAAAAGGUACUCCGGGAAACAGAAAGAACUUCGAGAAAGCCAGAUCCUUGGCUUUAAAUUUACGUUUUGUCGAGCCCCUAACCCGGUGAAUCGAUGA